AAAAAGAAGUGCAAAGAUCUAGGUCGGUUGUUGUCUUGUAGUAAAAACCGGUGUCUAGUGGACACUGACUCAAUAAAGCAAGCAAUAUUGUCUGCCUCUUCACUCUCCUUCACUGUAAAGUCCCAACUUUCUCUAAUUCAACUCUCCAAACAACACAUCAACACUUUCAUUCACAUUGCUAUCUAAAUCUCUCAAUUCAACAACACUUACUGCCUUGUCUUGUGUUGUGUUGUGUUGUGUCCCUCCCAAACCCACCAAAAACAACCUGAAAUAGUUCUGCAUACCACCAACUCAACUCUCAUAGGGUUUCUAGAUCAGGUAGAAGAACUAUUGGGCUAAACUUGGUGGUUUAGGUGAUAUUGGAUGUGAUGAAGCUUAAAAAUUGGCUUGCAAGUGUUUUGUUGCUAGCUACUGUUAUGCUAACCACUACAUUAGGUGCAUUUGUGGGGGUAAACAUCGGCACCGAUGUCUCUGAUAUGCCAUCUGCUUCAAAUAUAGUUGCUAUUCUUAAAGCUCAUCAAAUUACUCAUGUGCGUCUUUACGAUGCCAAUGCGCACUUACUUCAAGCCCUUUCAAACACCAGCAUUGACGUUAUUGUUGGUGUCACAAACGAAGAGGUACUGAGAAUCGGAGAAUCUCCUUCAGCAGCUGCUGCGUGGAUAAAUAAAAAUGUAGUUGCUUAUGUACCAUCCACCAAUAUCACGGCAAUAGCUGUUGGGAGUGAGGUUCUUUCCACAAUCCCAAAUGUUGCUCCCGUUCUCGUUCCUGCCUUGAAUUCUCUGCACAAAGCUCUGGUUGCGGCAAACCUUAAUUUUCGAGUCAAGGUUUCGACUCCACAGUCUAUGGAUAUUAUCCCUAAGCCUUUUCCUCCUUCUACUGCCACCUUUAACUCUUCGUGGAACUCUACAAUGUACCAACUCCUCCAGUUUUUGAGAAACACAAACUCCUCCUUCAUGUUAAAUGCAUACCCUUAUUAUGGAUACACUAAAGGAGACGGUAUUUUCCCUAUUGAAUACGCUCUUUUCCGACCACUUCCCUCGGUGAAGCAAAUUGUUGAUCCAAACACACUAUAUCACUAUAACAGUAUGUUUGAUGCAAUGGUUGAUGCUGCCUAUUACUCUAUAGACGCGUUAAAUUUCAAAGAUAUACCCGUUGUUGUCACAGAAACUGGAUGGCCAUCUUUUGGUGGAGCAAAUGAACCUGAUGCUACUGCAGAAAAUGCUGAGACCUACAGCAAUAAUAUGAUUCAGCGGGUCUUAAAUGAUUCCGGUCCACCUAGUCAGCCGGACAUACCGAUUAAUACAUACAUAUAUGAAUUAUUUAACGAAGAUAAGAGGAAUGGACCUAUAUCUGAAAAAAAUUGGGGCAUUGUGUUUACUAAUGGAAGCGCUGUUUAUCCUUUGAGUUAUGGCGGUGUUACUGAUCAGAUAACUGGAACUGGAAACUCAUCGGGAGUAUUUUGUGUGGCUAAAGAUGGAGCAGACACUGAUAAGCUGCAAGAUGGCCUGAGCUGGGCUUGUGGACAAGGCGGAGCAAACUGUGCUCUUAUUCAACAAGGGCAGCGAUGCUAUCUCCCCAAUAGUGUGAAAAGCCAUGCCUCUUAUGCUUAUAAUGAUUAUUAUCAGAAAAAUCAAGGUGUUGGUGGAACAUGUGACUUUGACGGUACUGCUGAAAUUACUACCCAUGAUCCAAGCUAUGGAUCAUGUACAUUCUCCGGAAGCUCCGUCACCGGAGGAGUGAGCUUACCGCCUACAGCACUCGGACCUUCAAGUCCCUCAGGAGAAAGUAUGAACCUGCAAGUCUCUAGCCUCCAGUAUUUGGUAUCUGCAACUGGUGUAUUUCUUGCUCUAAUGAUUUAAUGGCCAAAAGUUUUUUAUGCAACUCUUAAGAUUGCAAUUCAAUUAUUAGCUGGAAUGUAGCUUUCAUUGAUUUUGUUUCUUACUUCAUCUUGUCCAUUUCAUUCUUCAUAGCUAUGCCCCAUUUUGUGCAUUUGAGGUCAUUGUAAUUUAUCUCUUUUACUUUAGAUAGUUGCUUAAAUCUAGUGGUUUUAGCUCUAGGUGAAAAACUGAAGACUCAAUCUAGAAGAAGUUGUUGACAUUGUUAUUUAACAAACAAAUGGUGUACUUGUGGCCAUCUAGCCACCUACCUCCUUUACUUA